GAAACAAAGCCAAUCGGCCACACGUGUUCAUUCGGCAUUCGAUUGGCACAAUUUGGCUGUCUUUUUCUCUGGGCUGGCGGAUCCAAGGGGUUGAAUGGAAAAAAGGGAGAGCGGGCAGGCAAAAUCCGAAAAGAGGAACGACGCGUAAGAAAAAGAAGUGUUGCUUAUAUUUUGCGGGCUUUAGAGGCAUCGUGUUAAUGAAUUAGGAAGAGAAAAGGGAUUGGGAUGUGGAUUGAAAUGAUGGAGAGAAAAGAGGAUGUGAAUGCAGUAUCCACAAACAUCCAUCUAUACCUACAUCAUAUUGCACAACCUUGGCAUCAGACAAUCAUACAGACUGUCUCAAUGCCGCCGCGAAGCAGUAUUCCCGGCCUUUCGACCGGAAAUAUCAUCGAAGGUGGUAGAAAGCGAGGAAGAAAUGAUGAUGAAGCUCCUCAAGCACAAGCAUCACCACGUCUAGGUUCAUCUCCGGCUUUGCGGUCAUCCGGAGCGACGCCCAUUCCCGAUUCGACGUCCAAGGAAAAGGUAACGCAGCAAGGGUUUCGAUUGUUAGAUUUCAUCAUCCAUAGGCUCGAUACCAGCGACAAAUCUCCACUUUGCAUUCCUUUUCUAGCUUUACCUUCGCGUACCGAUUAUCCCGACUAUUAUGAACAAAUCAAAACACCCCUCUCAUUAGAACAAGUUCGUCGAAAGUUACAAAAUCGACAAUAUGAUUCAUUAGAGGAUGUACGUAAUGCGCUUGAAACAAUAUGGAGAAACGCUAAGCGAUACAAUCUCAAGACGAGCGAGAUCUAUGAAAAGGCACGCGUUCUUCAUAGCGCCACACGCGAAUCAUACGUUGACUUAGCAGAAAAGAACGAACUUGCUCCCGUAUACGAUGGAGGUCUACAAGAAGGUAAACCAUCAUUAAUGGAACAAUCAGCUCGAUUGGCAAAGAUUGAAAAACCAAACGCUCGCGCUAGAUUGGAUUAUGACGAACCAACAAGAGGACCUCCAACUGUUUCACUUCGAUUGAAAAAGUCUGACGAUAUUGAUUACGAAGAGGAUUCAGAUACUGUUCCGGGAGAAUCUCAAUCUCCUGCUCCAACAAUGGCAGUCAAUACAGCUCAAGCACCUGUUCAUGUUAAAAGGGAGCAAAGUGUAAAGGAAGAAGACACGCAAAUGACAGAUGUAGCUCCAGUCACAACAAGGGCGAGUACCGCUGCCAAAGCUGAACAAUCUCAACCUACAACUACUGCAGCACCAGCUGUUAGCAUCGCUCAAUCAAAUGGCACAACGGCCAACAGUCCAGCACCUGUUGCAUCUACCUCGCAUGCACCCGCUCCUUCCUUCACGCCAACACAAUCAUCAGGUAGUAAGAAAAGAAGAAUAUAUGCCCCAAGAGGCAAACGUCUCAAAUCGACACUUCGACAAUUGGUAUCUAGUUUGAAGUUCAAGGAGUAUAAACCUAGCAAAACAAUGUGUGAAGAUUUUAUGGACCUUCCUACGAAAGCGGAAUUACCCGAAUACUACAAAGAGAUCAAAGAGCCGAUCAGUAUGCGAAUGAUUGAUGAGAAAUCGAUGAGAAACGGAUAUGAGACAGCAUUUUCGCUAUUCAGUGAUCUUCGAUUGAUGGUAAAAAAUGCAAAAGAGUUCAACGAAGAAGGUUCUGAUAUUUGGAAGAAUGCAGACGCGAUCAGUCAGCAUAUCGAGAAUAUAAUGGUGCCCGCUUUGCUUGCCGAAAAUUUCACUUUACACCCCGAAGACGAUCGCGAAUCCGUUUUACCGGGCGACGUUUUUGAUCCUGUGGCGCAUGCUGCCGCCAAAGCGGCGGAGUUGGAGUCAAGCGAUGAGAGCCCUGAGCCCAAUGCAAGCGGCGGCGGCGGUGGUAAGAGGGGCAGACCGAGCAAUCAAUCUCUCAAUCAUCCAAACGUUCAUCCAAACAAUAACGCAAAUUGGCAAGAAUAUGCUCGCGCGAAUGGUUAUUUGGCACCGAAUGCAAUGCAGGCCGCCAAUUCACCUGAAGCGAUGAGAGCACAAGCGAAUCAAAGAAGGAUGCCAAAUGGGCAACCAAUGCUUGCUGGUUAUCCACCCAAUGCGAUGAGUCCACCUUUACCUGGAGGUUAUCCUGCUGGUUAUCCAGGUGCUUCACCUUUCAGUGGACCGCCAGCAGUCAAUGGUGUUUCACAACAUGCUCCACCAAAGAACACAAAGAGGCUCAAUGGGGAAGCUCCUCCUGAUCCAUACGACAUCGCAACUUUACUGCUACCGGAUGGGACCAAAUGGAGAAGGAAAUCUGUGUGCUCAGCAUUCACAGUUGCUUAUCGAGGCGUUGAUGGAAGAGACCGAGAUGUGAUUUUUGCCAAUGAUGUUUCACAUAAUCAUGCGGUCGGGGUUGGAUCGUUUUAUAACAGUCGAGCAGGUGAAAAUGCAACUGUUUCGAUUACUUUCUCGGUUAAAAAGAUCGUUCCCGUUGACAAUGGUAAAAAGACAACAGAAGAAGAUGAAAUGUUACAGAGGCCUUGGAGUGUUACAGCGCACUACAAUGGCACUUCAACAAAGAUUCAAUCGGCUGAUGGAGAAGAGGCAAAUGUUGUUGAUGGAGCAACUGAAGUGGGACAAGGCGCCAAUUGCUCAAUCCUUCUCAAACCAACGUCUGGAAAUAGUGUCUUGGAUGUCAGCAUUUCGCCAAGCGCUCCUGAUGCAACUUUGUCUGCAAUUGUUGCCGAUCCAAAGCAUCCUCAUCAUGCCAGAGCGAGCGCAUUAUUAGCAUUACCGGACAAAUAUCGCAUCUUCCUCAAUUGCGAGUGAUUCUUUGAUGCUCUGUAUCGUAUUCCGUACAUUAAAAUUUUGUAUCAAU